AUGAUUUUCAAAACAAACACUCUGCUUGCCCUCGCAACAGUCUCAAUUGUCGCUCAGGCACAAGCACCAGCAAGCCCCAGUACAGGUGCAGCUGUCAAUGCAGACAGUAAAAUUGGUGGUAUUCCCGCCAAUGUCAAGGCACAACUCCCCAAGCUCGACUCAAAGGCAGUUGCAGCAGCCAAUCAGCAACAACAAGAAGCAGGCAUCAAUGAACUCUGCGCACAAUCCCUCUCUCGUGUUGCUGACUCCUGGAAGACUGCACAACAGUCCGUCACAACACUUGCUAGUCAAACUACCGGCUCAGCCGUAGAUCCAGCAGUGCAAGCAGCUCAGCGCUUUCUAGCAACCACCUCACCCCUCAUCAGUAACAACAUCCGUGCCGGUACCAAAACAGACGCAUCGCUCAUCAAGACAUAUGAAGAUGCAGGCUCUGCUGUAGGUCAAGCAAUGGGUGCCAUUAGCCAAGUUCAGCAAGUCCAAGGCAUGAAACCUGAAAUAUUGCAAGCUGCCAACAUGGCUUCCAUCAACUUGCAAAACUUGAGGACUGCGCAAUUUGCGACGUUCGGUGCUUGUGGUGCUGCAGUCGGUGCGACCAUUGCUGCGACAGACGAAGCCAAACCUGCAGGCGUUCCAGGAUCGGCGAUGAAGGUGGUUUGUGGACACUGA